GAUGACGUGCCGACUGGGGUCGAGGCGGCUGGGCGGGUCGCGCGGCUCGCUGCAGGCCGGCACCGCGUGCUCCGCCGCUAGCGAGCUGGACCUCUCCUCGCGCUCGCGACGCUCGCAGAAAGCUCGGUUGUUGUCUAGAUUAAAACUGCUGGGCGCCAGCGGCGAAGCGCCACUGCUGAGCGGCUGGCGAAGCACGCCGCACACGCCGCACGCGCCUGCCACGCCCGCCCCCCACCACUCACACAACCACCUCGCUCCGCAUUGCAACGGGACGGACAGUGGCAGCAGAGCCGGUCUGCGCCGGCGCUCCACGUACACGAGCGGGCGGCUGCGCACGGGCCCGCACUGGUCCUUCGUGUUCGACCCCGCGGGCCGGCUGUGCUACUACUGGUCGAUGGUCGUGUCGCUCGCCUUUCUCUACAAUCUUUGGGUUAUCGUCUACAGGUUCGCCUUCCAGGAGAUCAACGGGGAAACGUUGGUGGUGUGGUUUUGCCUUGACUAUUUCUCUGACUUCCUGUACCUGGCCGACAUCCUAUUCCACUUCCGUACCGGCUACCUGGAGGACGGCGUGCUGCAGACGGACGCCGCCAAGCUGCGCGCGCACUACAUGAACUCCACUACCUUCUACAUCGACUGCCUCUGCCUGCUGCCGCUGGACUUCCUCUACCUCUCCAUCGGCUUCAACUCCAUCUUGCGCUCUUUUCGCCUAGUCAAGAUCUAUCGGUUCUGGGCUUUCAUGGACCGCACCGAAAGACAUACGAACUAUCCAAAUUUAUUUAGAUCGACCAGUUUAAUACAUUAUUUACUAGUGAUAUUUCAUUGGAACGGGUGCUUGUACCAUAUAAUAUAUAAAAACAAUGGAUUCGGGAGUAAAAACUGGGUGUAUCAUGACACUGAAACGGCGGAUGUGGUGAAACAAUAUCUUCAAAGUUAUUAUUGGUGCACGUUGGCGCUCACUACGAUAGGAGACUUGCCGCGGCCCCGCAGCAAAGGCGAGUACGUAUUCGUAAUCGCGCAACUGCUGUUCGGGCUGCUAUUGUUCGCCACCGUGCUGGGCCACGUAGCAAACAUCGUCACGUCCGUCAGCACGGCCAGGAAGGAGUUUCAGGCUAAGCUGGACGGCGUGAAGACGUACAUGCGAAUGCGGCGGGUGCCGACCCACCUGCAGGUCAAGGUCAUCAAGUGGUUCGACUACCUCUGGCUUACGCAGAAGUGCUCUGAUGAAGAGAAGGCGGUCUCAUGUCUUCCGGACAAGCUCAAGGCAGAAAUUGCAAUAAAUGUUCAUUUGGACACGUUGAAGAGGGUGGAAAUUUUUCAAAAUACGGAAGCGGGAUUCCUUUGCGAGUUAGUGCUGCGAUUAAGACCGGUGCUAUUUUCACCAGGAGAUUUCAUCUGCAGGAAAGGGGAAGUAGGAAAAGAGAUGUACAUAGUAAACCGAGGGAAGCUGCAGGUGGUAGGAGAUAACGGAAAGACCGUAUUAGCUACACUCAAGGCGGGUUCUUAUUUUGGCGAAAUUUCCAUUCUGAACAUGGGCACGGCAGGCAACCGACGGACAGCAUCGGUGCGCUCCGUGGGCUACUCGGAUCUGUUCGUGCUCAGCAAGAAGGACAUGUGGGACGUGCUCAAGGAGUAUCCUGCGGCGCGAGUGCGCCUCGAAGCGAUAGCCGUCAAGAGACUUGAGAAAUACAAGAAAGCGCCGCUAGAAAAAGUGGCAAUGGGUCGCUGCCAGUCGACGCCCGGUCUCGUGGAGACGAGCGGGCGCGUGCCCAUCGAGGAGAUGCAGCUGCCCGCUGCGCACGCAGCGCCCCCGCUGCACUCCUCACACCUGCCUUCCUACCGGGACCAGCUUUAUAGUUCGUCAGUAAGUCCUCUUCGUGUAGCAUCUCCUGUGGCUUCGUGCGCGUCAAGCGCUCGUAGCAGCGCGGCCGGCGCCGGCAGCAUGGCCGUCGCCGCCGUGGCCGCCGCCGCCGCAGCCGCCGCCGCGGCCGGCUCCGGCGCCGGCCCUCGCGUCAUGCUCGACUCGCAUGACGUGUUAGAAUGUGAAAUCAAGCGUCUUCGGGAACGCCUACAUACUGUCGAGACUGAAAACGCCGCAAUGUCGGCUAAGCUCAGUCAGCAGCAGUGGGAGGUCGAUCAGAGGCUGCAGGAGAUCGAAAUGCAAAUAUGUGGCGGAAGCUCGCUGAGCUCCCAAGAGGAGAAUGAGCGCAACCGUGAAAGCAUCAUUUAACAGCGCGCCUCGCCCCCGGCUGCGGUCCCGCGGCCGCUGCCGCCCCGGCCCGUGUUGCGGCUGUCUGCCGUUUUCUAACCUGCCCGAGCGCAGAGCCCACGUCGUCGAUGCGCAUGCGUGACCGCGUUCGCCAUCGCAACGCCCUGACGUUAUGCACCUAUUCGACGCCACAGAGUGUUAUCGAUCCUCCUAGUACUUUGAGAACUUCCUUUGUUACGAAGAAUGAUUGCAAUGUGGUUUUACAAUGGAUAAAAUAAAUGUUAUAAUAUUUAAUACGAAUUAACUUUAUCAAAUUUAUACAUAUACGUAGUAUAACGACUCGCUACUGUUUGUCGAGUGACCGUGGAGUGAGAUUAUGCCGAGACAAUAUCGUACCUAUGUAAAGUCGUUUAAGUGCAUCGAGAUGUGUCGAGUGCUGGAGAGAGUGGGAGCGGCUAGGUGCGCUCGAAAUGUGUCGAGUGCUGGAGAGAGCUAGUGCGCUCCGGUUUUCAGUUUCGAGUUAUAUCGAGAUGUGUCGAGUGCUGGAGAGAGUGGGAGCGGCUAGUUAAGUGCGCUCCGGUUUUCAGUUCCGAGUUAUUUUCGCACAAGGAGUAGGUACUUCUCUCUGGAUGGACGUUGAUGCAAAUUAUUUUCUUUCUAAGUCAAUCUAUGUCGUGCAUACCUCGUGUCUAUGUUAACGACGUUUGGUUUAUUACUUAAAUUAGAUAAGAGUAUGGAAUAGAUUAUUAUAUACAUAUAUAUAUAUAUAUAUAUCUAUUGAAUUUAUGUUUUAUUUGUUUUUGCAGGUGUUGUUUAUCUAUCACAAAAUAUUUACGUCUUGAAUUUGAAAUUACAUUUUGGAAAUAUUGAACGUUAAGCAUAGUUAUCAUUAUUCAAAUGACUAUUAGUGAGUAACUAACAAAUGAACUAAACUAAUAAGUCAAGAAUUUUAUUUUAUUUCAAACAUAGAAGAUGGGUGAUAUUACCCUAUCCAUUAUAUCUGAGCUUUAAUUAUAAUAAACUCCGUAAGACUUUACCAUGUUCUUUGAAGUCUUUUUAGAAGCGUUGAUUCCAUACACCAGUCUGUCAUGUAUAACGUAAAUAAAUCAGUCGACUCUUAAUAGUAAAGGUCAGGUGGGGUAAGACGAACAUAGUUUAUUUUACUUGAAGCAAGAUCCAAGUGUUAAAAACCUAUACAAGUGUUCCUUCUAUCCCGGUGUUCCUCUUUUUCCACCGAAUCUUAUAAUGUGUUCACCAGAAAAAGAUACGGCUGUUUUAUUUACGGCGAUAAAGGUGGUAUCAGCCAUACGAGUAUACCCUCUGGUGUCUGGUUAGCAUUUUCAUUGACUACCCAUGUAUAUAUUAUUGAAUUUCUUAAGUAAUUAACACCGGUAACUCGGAGUGAUGAAAUCGACCAUAGUAUACCUAUUGUAUUACCAACGUGAACGAAGUGAGUACUACCUACCUAACGAGUAAGAAACUUAGCUGUAAAUGAAUAAGUAGAUCACUUUGGGAACUUCAGAUGAUCAGUAACGUACUGCCAGACAUAACUAGAAACUUUUAGCUAAGUAAGAAGUUUUAAUGUAAAAUACUAUACCAUACCAAUUAACUGAAAGACGUUUUGUACUUAUACUUAUACUUUCUAUAAUAUUUAUAAUUAUUUUUCACACGAUCGUUACAUGAUUAUUUAACAUUAAUGUGUUUUAAGUGGGUCUCUAUUGUUUCCUGUAAAGUUUUAAGUCAUAAUGUAUUGUUUGUCCGCAUUUUCGUUGGUCAUAAUUUGGUUUUUCUCAGAAACGCGUAACUUUUCAAGAAUGUCAUAAAACAAAGGGAAGUAAUUAAAUGAUCAGCCAUCAUUUUUAAAACUGAUCUGCAAAAAAAAUAGCCAUUAAAUCAUUUGGGCAGCAUACAAAUAUGUUGCCGGCAAUAAAUAAAAAUCGAGCUGCAACUCCUGUUCAGAAAAUAAUUCACAAACGGUCAACAUUAUAACCAAAUAUCCAUCUGCUUAAUAAAUAGUUGAGGUGCAAAAUUAUUAUUUGGUCAGCAAGAUUUAAAAAUUGGUUGGCAGUUUAAUUGAGACGUAUGCAUGUUAAACAAAUGGUAAUCUGAUAUAAUAAGAUGGGUUGCGUUUGAUUUGAAAAAUCGGCAGGGUUGCAGGCGGAGCGGAAUCGUGCGCGUGCAUUUCAUUCGAUGAUUAUUAGCAGUUACAUUGCGGUGUUCUAACGUAUUUGUUGGUGAUAUUUAUCCGUUUUGGUAUUUUGAGAGUAUAAUAGGUGUGAAAUGGAAGAUAUUAGGUACUAGAAAAGUGGGUUAGGUUAGGUUAUGCGACCUUCACAGAAAACAACUGCUACUAGAAAAGUGGGUUAGGUUAGGUUAGAACUGCGACAUUCACAGAAACAAACUGCUACUAGAAAAGUGGGUUAGGUUAGGUUAGAACUGCGACCUUUACGGAAACCAACUGCUACUAGAAAAAUAGGUUAGGUUAGAACUAAUUUUUGCGGAUCAGUUAAAUUGUAAUCCAAAAUAAAAUAGUCCGCUUACCCACUGACUGCUUAACAAAAUUUGAUUAAUGGUAGAUCGCUUACUGCCGAUCAAUUAAUUAAUUUGCCAACCAAAUCAAUUUCGAGCAGCUCAUUAUGACAUUAAUUGCGAACUGAUUUUGAAAUACUUGCUAACCUUAAGUUGCUGAUCAAAUACACGUUUUGGCUGACCAAAUAUAUAUUUUUGUUCAUCAAAAUAGGAAUAUUUUGCAGAUCGAUUAAAUAACACCCUAAAACAAACCUACCCUAACCUAACCUAUCUAUGUAUACUAUACAUAGAUUGGUUAGGUUAGGGUAGGUAUACAUUGUAUAGGAUAACCUUAGAAAAAUCCUGAAAAGUUAACGGUUUUAAAAUUAUGACUAAUGAAUCUAAUGAUAAUCUGACAAUAAUUACAUUAUGACUUUCAAUAAUUAUGUCAAACAAAGGGACCCCGUUUUAUGUAACUAAGUGUACGCAUUGUUGACGCUUCAAAAGUAUUUAUUUUAUAUCCGAUUAUGUUAUGAGAUGAGAGCUAUUGUGAUGCUUACACUACAUAAAUACAUACAUAUAAGAAUAUAUUACAAAAACCAACCAAAUAACCUAAUGGUCUGAAUAUUUGUCAGUUAUACGUAUGGGUACCUUGAUACCUAUUUAUUUUAUAUGGAAACCUGUGUUUCAUAGCCGCCGAGCAUUAGUAUUAAAUCGAGAUGGCACCAUCAGUGUAGUAUGUCCUCGGAAAUUAGUAAAGCUUUGUUGACACGUUCCGGUAGUAAGUAGGUACUAAGCGUACUGACGGCGCCACCUCGGUUCCAGUGCUGAGUAGGCGCAGUCGCAGGCGCAGAGAGCCAGCGCACGACCUUAUAUUUAUUUGAUAGCCGCUUUCUCACAAUCGAUUAAUUGAGGGGAAAGCACGACUGAUGAUCAGAGAUAUCUACAUUGCUACUCGCAAAGUACUUACGAGUAAUUACUGUAAAACCGCCCAACUAUUCUCCAAAGUUUCCCAACUAUAGUCCAAAAUCCGAAACUAACUUUCCUUUUGGUGCGAUUAUUAUUUGAAAGGGACUAUUCAAUGAUUUCAUAAAUGGAAGAAAAUCUUUGAUAAAAACAAAAAAAACAUAUGUGGACCAUAUUUGUAGUACUGGACUGUUGGGUGGUUUUACGGUACGGUACUUAUUCAGUUAUUAGUUAUUAUAAUGCUGUUAACCUUCGAUAUUAACUAUAUAUUAUUACGUAUUUCCUGCGUUACGAAUAUACAGUUAGAAGCCCGGUUUUAUGUUUCCUUGGACGCCCAAAAAUAUGUUAGAUAGGCGAUUAAACUUUUGACUGUAAAUAAUAUAUUUAUUUAUUGUUAUUAUAUUCCAUAAAUUUUCUUCUAACAUAUUUCUCAAUUAUAAAGUGGUAAGAGAGAUGCAUUAAUGCGAUUGAUUAUUAACGAAAUGCAAGUGCUUCUUAACAGACAUAGCAAUACGUAGGGUUUUAGGUUUAACAUUUUCAUCAUCGCUAUACUUCAAUUAUGUACGUGACAGACAAUGAUGUAUUUUUUAUAUAUGUGUGAAUUUUAUGACAGCAGCAGUGAGAGUUCCGGGAAGAAAAGAGUGAAAGAUUCAGGUUGAUUUUGUUUGCAGUUUCCAGGCUUGCGCAAGUCAAAAUGUGAAUUAAAUUAUGUCUCGCACGUGUUUUCUUUUAUUGUUAAUAAAAAGAUUAUUAUGACAUAAA